AUUUUAAUAUCAAAUACAACCAGAUAACAUAACUGCUUUCAUAUCUAUUUAGGCGCUAUUGUAAUAAAUUUUGCAAGUACAAUUAUGCUAAAUUUAAAAAGAGCAAAUUUUAGAAGCGCAACUUCAAGCUCAUGAAAAAUAGAUAUUGAACCUAAAUAAAAUAAAGAACAUGGUAAAGGAAAAGCUAUAGCUAAAACAAAAAAUGAGUUGGACAUUCUUCACUUCAAUACUUUCAACAAGUAUCAACGUAUUUCUUAUUAUUGUAGGGAUCGCUGGAAAUUUUUUUAUCCUUAUAAUGAUUGUAAAGAAAAAGAAAACUAAUGAUUUAACAAACUAUUUUAUAUUUAAUUUAUCAUUGGCUGACUUGGCAAUAUCCGUCAUUGUCAUUCCACUAAGUUUAGCUUACACUAACAAAACUUGGAUUCCCAGAGAAUGGGAUUGCUUUUUUGUUAUGCCAGUUUUAGAGCACUUUGCUGGUGUAUGUGUACUUACUCACACUGCCAUUAGCAUUGUAAGAUAUAUGGUUGUUUCUCAGAGAAAAAUUGUUCAGGUAAUUAAGCUUAAACACAUUGUGUUUUUUAUAUUUUUAAUAUGGCUAAUAUCCUUUGUUAUUUUAUCUGCAACUUUAAUGGGCGGACUUGGUCAAUUUAUUAUUACGCACACAAACACUGGCAACACAAAAAAUUCAAGUGCAUGCGAAAUCCAUUUUUAUAAUAACCGAAGUCGCAAGAUAAUUUAUUCAAUUAUGAUAUUUUUGCUUACGUAUGUUUUACCUAUGGUAUGUACUGGGUUUUCCCACUAUCAAAUUUAUAAAGUGGUUUCCAAAAACGCUAAAUUCAUUAGAGGCCAUGUUACAAAAGACUUACUUGUAUCUAGAAAACGUAUAUCAAGGCGUUUGAAUCGUAUCCUUUUAACAAUGUAUAUAUUUUUCGGAAGUACAACAUUGCCUAUUCAAGCCUUAUAUUUUGUGACUGGAAUUAUAAAUUUUUCUUCUAAUGAAACGUUCAACUAUAUUUGGCAAGUGUCUUUUCCGCUGUUUUAUUUACAAGUCGUGACAAACCCCCUCGUACUUUUAUACAUGAGAAUCGAGUACAGAAAAGAGUUAUAUAAAGUUUCACUUUGUUUUUCAAACUUUUUUAACCUUAAAUCAAGAUUUAAAACAAACAUUAAAAUUAAAAAAAAAAAGCAACAGUUUAAAGCUAUUUCAUCAAACAGAGCUAUAAAACUGUUUUAUUUAAAAAAAAAGAAAAAAACAGUCCAGGUGCGAUCGCUUCAUGGCAAUAAGAAAAAAGAAAUAAAGUUUAAUUUUUUAAAAACUGAAAAAAUUUUUAAUGCAGAAGAUAAAGCAUUUUUUCAUACUUCACUUGAUUCAAUAAAAGAAACGUUUUUGUAAAUAUUUGGAUUUUAUAGAUAAAUGCAUAUUCGUCAA